CGCGCGGCGCAUGUGCCCGGUUCCCCCUCCCCGGCCCUGGAUUCCACUUCCCCUCCGCUCGCGCCACAGCGGCAAUCUCCAGGCCCCGCGCCGCCUCCGGAGCCCAUGGCCGGGACGCGCUGGGUGCUAGGGGCGUUGCUCCGGGGCUGCGGCUGCAACUGCAGCAGCUGCCGGCGAACCGGUGCCGCCUGCCUGCCCUUCUACUCGGCCGCCGGCACUUUCCCGUCCGGCGUCUCUGGCCGCCGCCGCCUGCUGCUACUCCUCGGGGCCGCCGCGGCCGCCGCUUCGCAGACGCGGGGCCUGCAGCUCGGGCCUGCGGCCGCCGGGAGACUGGCGGGUCCCGUCCCUGUCCGGCCCUCCGCCGCCGCGGCGGCUGCCGCGUCCUACUCGGCGUUGCGCGCCCCGCUGCUUCCGCGAUCGCUGGCCGCCGCCGCGGGCCCGGCGCGGGGUUACUGCCAGGUACGUGGCUCCGCGCGCGGGACCCUCGGCGGCCGCGCGCCCGCGUCCUUCUGUCGGCGAGCGCCUCGCGUGCGCGCCCGGGGAUCCGCGGCACGCACCGCACCCCCGCCUCCCUCCCGCUCCGUCCUCCUAUUGGGCACCGGAACAAGGGACGCUCUCCGGGCCCCGGCUCUUCUCCUUGUUUUGUUCCCUCCGAGUCUGGGCGGUUGGUCAGUGAGUCCAAAACUACCUACCUGGAAGACCUCCCACCACUACCUGAGUACGAACUGAGCCCAUCCAAGUUAGGAGAAGAGGUGGAUGAUGUUUACCUCAUUCGAGCUCAGGGUCUGCCCUGGUCCUGCACUGUGGAAGAUGUCCUCAGCUUUUUCUCAGACUGCAGAAUCCGAAACAGUGAGAAUGGAAUACAUUUCCUCCUGAACAGAGAUGGCAAACGGAGGGGCGAUGCCUUGAUUGAAAUGGAGUCCGAGCAGGAUGUACAGAAGGCCUUGGAAAAGCACCGGAUGUACAUGGGGCAGCGGUAUGUGGAAGUGUAUGAAAUAAACAACGAAGAUGUGGAUGCCUUAAUGAAGAGCCUACAGGUCAAGCCUACGCCUGCACUCAGUGACGGUGUGGUCCGCCUGAGAGGACUCCCUUACAGCUGCAAUGAAAAGGACAUUGUGGACUUCUUUGCAGGACUGAACAUAGUAGACAUCACUUUUGUGAUGGACUAUAGAGGGAGAAGAAAAACAGGGGAAGCCUAUGUACAGUUUGAAGAACCAGAAAUGGCCAACCAAGCGCUUCUGAAGCACAGGGAAGAGAUUGGUAACCGAUACAUAGAGAUAUUUCCAAGCAGAAGGAAUGAAGUUCGCACACACGUUGGAUCUCAUAAAGGAAAGAAAAUGGUGUCUUCUCCUACUACCAAAUAUAUAACUGAACCAGAAGUGGUGUUUGAGGAACAUGAAGUUAAUGAGGACGCUCGGCCCAUGACAGCUUUUGAAAGUGAAAAAGAGAUAGAGUUGCCUAAGGAGAUGUCAGACAAACUUGCAGAGGCUGUUGACUUUGGAGCUGUGCCGUCCCUGCAUUUUGUCCACAUGAGAGGAUUGCCUUUCCAAGCCAAUGCCCAGGACAUCAUAAAUUUCUUUGCCCCACUGAAGCCUGUGAGAAUCACCAUGGAGUACAGCUCCAGCGGAAAGGCCACUGGAGAAGCUGACGUGCACUUUGAUACCCAUGAGGAUGCUGUUGCUGCCAUGCUCAAGGACCGGUCGCAUGUCCAACAUAGGUAUAUUGAGCUGUUCCUAAAUUCAUGUCCUAAAGGAAAAUAAGACUUGAACAGACCCCAGAAGAUAAGGAUGGAGCAGGAAGCACCUCGUUUGCACAUCUCUGGCAUAAAAAGAUGAGUUGAUUGGCAGUGGCUGCUGGAGAAAGGAUCUGUGCGUCUCAGUGCUGUGUCUACACCGAGAAAGAUGCGGCUGGGACUCUGAAAUAAGCCUCACAUGUACAUUUUCGUCUAAGCAGUGGUUGAGAAAGUCGGGCCUGUGUGUUGAGUUUUCUGACACAGAGGCCAUAUUACAGACGUGAGAUGAUCUUUCCACCCAGUGCUGCUCCUCAGAUCCUUACUCCUGGUUGUUGCCUCUGACUGAGGGCUCUGACACAAAGCUCAUGGAAUAAAUUAAUGGUGUAUUUUUACCAAGCACUCACCAAAGCAGCAGGAGGUUCAGAACUUUACUAAGCCAGUCUGAUUGGGUCAAACAGUUUUGCUUUUUUUCAUUUUGAUUUUCAUUUGAUUACUUAGGGAUAGAACUUUUAAAAAAUAGCAAACCACAGAUUAGUGAGUGUAAGUGACCACUCGGCAGUUUUGUCUUUAGAAACACUUUGCCUCCUUAAGCCUUUGACCUGAAAGCAUUUGACGUUGGUGCCUGUCUGUGUCUUGGAAACCUAGACUUCACUUCCUUCACGUUUUUUUGGACAAAUCUUAAGGCUAUUAGGUUUGAAAUCGUAAUGUGACAUAUCAAAGCAGUCCAGACUGGUAAGGACAUUAAUCGCUUCACUUGAAUUAAACCAGCUCUAGAUAAGGGGGAAACAAUCUUAAGUCUCCUCCUCUGCUUUUCCAGUGGGGUAGCCAUCCCAUAUUUUAGAACAAGUAGGGGUGCCUUGCUUAAAUAAAACUAGCAUUUCAUGUAUAAUUGUGUGAAGGUUCUAUGGCUAGAGCUGUAUUUCUGUCACAUUGUGGCAGCACCUUCUGCUUUAAUACUAAAUAGCUUGUUAUUUAAAUAUUGGAUAAAAUGGCUGGCUUCAAAAAUAGUCAUUAAUAAACUUAACUUUAUGUA